AUGCGAGUACCUCCUCUGAUCUCGACACCGGAGGCUUUGAGGACGGAGCUGGACUUAUUGAAGGCGUUGGAGGACAUUGAGGCGGCUUUUAGCAUUAUUAAGAAGGAGACGAAGACGUCGAAUGUCCAUCCGGCGGAUAGGAAUUACGUUAACCUGAAUUGCAAGAUCAGACCGGUGGCUGUUGGAGACAAAAUGGAUAAGAUAAUUAGAAACUACGUCCAAUUGACUCACGAUCCAAAAUACUCUUAUGACAAGUUUGAAAUAUCUCAGAUUUUUGAGUUGGAGAAGAGCGGAGAGGUGGAAUCAUUUUGCGAUUACGGCACGAGGCGUCUCCUUUUUCACGGUAGUCGCUUGACUAACUGGAUGGGAAUUCUAGGUCGUGGCCUGAAGAUAGCCCCUCCUGAGGCACCUUGCACGGGCUACUCGUUUGGCAAGGGUGUCUACUUUGCAGACUGCAUCUCCGUGUCGUCCGCUUUCGCUCAUCCCUUCGGCCAUAAUACUGCUGGCUUCGUAGCCCUCUGCGAGGUUUCCCUCGGUGAAAUGAACCCUCUUAUGCAUAUAGACUUUAACGCCAACCGAUUACCAGAUGGAAAGCACAGCGUUCUGGCCGUUGGUCGCAGUAUGCCUGAUCCUUCCACUUGGAUUACUUUAGAUGAUGGUGUGGUGGUGCCGUGCGGAAAACUCAUUAUGUCAGGGGUGGAAAAACCUCCAGUUCCAUACAAUGAGUUCGUUGUUUUUGACGUACGGCAAAUACGUCUUCGCUACCUGAUGCAACUGGAGUUCAAGAGAACGUACUAG